UUGGGGUGACUUAAUAUUUGGUUUGGUUGCUGUUAACAUUCUGGGGCCUAUAAAUACCACUCACCACCGUUCCAUUUUCUGCACAUAAGACUGGCAACUUCACGUGCCCUGUAGCCAUCUAUCCAUAUCUAUCUCUGUUCUUCAGAGCUCAGCUUUUUCUGUCCAUGUAUAAUAACUACUACUAGUAGUGACAGAGUCGUAUAGUAGUUAAGCAGGAGUCGUCCCGAGUACACUGAUUCUGUUGUCGUUGUAGUUACUUGGUUGUAUUUAUUUCUUUCCCUGAGUCUGAGAUAAGAGAGAUCGAUCUUAUCCACUACGAGGUUCUUCUUGGGUUUCUGUGUUGGUUUGUUAGGGUGUUGCGGGUUCGAGGUUAUCUGUUUCCUUCUUGUUGCCCGUAUACUACUAAAUAACCGGCGAUAGUUUUAUUCGUUGGUCGCUCGGUUGACAGAGAAAAACAGCCGCAAGUGAAUUCUGAAUUCUAAGCCGCAAGUAACUUAGUAAAUCAUAUGGAGAAGGGAAAGCAAGUGGGUAGUUCAUCUUCAUCCUUUACUAUGGAUCUAUUUGGUCCCAAGGAGCCAUCCAAAUCUUCCUCUUCAUCCACUGGGCUCUUUGGAUCUGUAUUUGGGCCGUCCUCCACGGGGCUUGGGAAGGACUCCGCUCAUUCUGGAAGAAAGCAGGAUUUUGGGAGUCAAUAUGGCACUGCCAGGAAUGGAACUUCAGAUUACAUAAAUCAGAAGAGCAGGGCGGACACUAAGGAAAAGAGUUCCAUUUAUCAAAGUGAAACUUCAGAACCGUGCUACUUCAGCUCAUCAAUCUACUAUGGUGGGCAAGAAGUUUAUUCUCCAACUGGCCAGAACACUAAUUCUCAGCAUGUCUUCAGGAGAGAUGGGGAAGAUGAUGAUUCAAAUGAUAACAAUCCGAGUUCUGCAUCCAGAGGAAAUUGGUGGCAGGGGUCACUUUACUACUAGGGCUAAUGCUUUGUGCACAGCUAAUAACCCAUUGACAAGCAGGGGGUCCAGAGACGCGAUUUCUUUUGCAUCAUGAAUCGUGAGAAGAUGGUAGGGUAUCAGCUAUGGUUGUGACUUUGAAGGCUUGUAGUAUUUCAGUUGAUGUUUACUUUUUGUAGUCAUUCCGUUCUUCUAGUAUUUCUGGUCUCUGCUAAUCAAUGUAACUGUCCUAUGUGGUGGUGUCAGGUAAUUAAAUGUAGCCGUCCGUCCUGUAUAUGAUAAGUAUCUUGUUUAAUCGACAACCUGACCAUCCCUCU